UCACAGUGUGCAUGCCAUUACGCUGGUUAUUAAUCGAUCAAAAUGCGCAAACGUGCAAAAUAAUCUCAUCUUUCCCGACUGCACAAAUGUUAUCAAACAAGUCAGAGAACUAAUAACGGGUGGUCGUGAUGCUUUUCGUUUUAAUACGCGACACAAGAAGCCAUCUUUCUGUAAUUUGUCUCAAAUCUAUCGACCACAGCCGAUGCUAAGGACCACAAACCUACUCCAUACCAGUGUGCGGUAGCGAAGAAGCCCAGUUUGACAGCAAGCUACAGCCAGAAAGGACUCUAAAUCGAUGAUCGAGUGGCUCAACGGUGCCUCCCAUCGGACUUCAUCGUUCACAAUGGCAGACAAACAAAAUGCUCAGAAGAGUGUCAAGAUAGCAACUGGAGCCGUGGUUUGUGUUGAAAGCGAAAUCCGAGGAGACGUUACCAUAGGCGCCAGGACCGUGGUCCACCCAAAAGCUCGCAUCAUUGCUGAGGCAGGACCCAUUGUCAUCGGAGAAGGCAACUUGAUUGAAGAGCAAGCUCUGAUCAUUAACAGUUACCCAGAAAAUAUUACACCUGAUUCUGAGGUGGAACCAAAAACAAUGACCAUCGGUAUCAACAACGUCUUUGAAGUUGGCUGUGUAUCGCAAGCUUUAAAAAUUGGAGACAACAAUGUGAUUGAAUCUAAAGCGGAUGUUGGCAGGAAUGUAAUCCUCACCAGUGGCUGUAUAAUUGGAGCCUUCUGUCAGGUCAACACUUGUGAGGUCAUACCCGAGAACACGGUCAUCUACGGCUCUGGAUGUAUGAGGAGGGUGCAGACUGAGAGACCCCAGCCACAGACUCUUCAGCUCGAUUUUCUGAUGAAGAUCUUGCCAAACUACCACCAUUUGAAGAAAACUGUUAAAGCAGGCCAUGCUGCUAGCUAAAAUUACACUUUAUACCUUUUGAAAUGCAGAGAAUAUCAAUGUUUAACUAGAUCCUGCUGGAAGAAAGCAUGAAUGUAUAUAGUUAUGUACCUACCCUGUUUUUGCUCUUCAAUUACUGAUAUUUUCUACUCUGAUCUGCAACAGAAGAUUAAGCUUCUCAUCUUUCUCCUGCUAUGCCGAUGUACCUUUUGUUUUUUACGAUUAACUUAUAAGGUACACAAGCUGUACUAGAUUUGCUCAUUUCUUAUGAUGGCAGUUACCAGUAUUUUUAUCAUUAAGUUGUAGAAGGUAAUUUCUGCCAUUCUGAUAAAGAAUUUACACUAACAAUAAAUGAAACAUUUUAAAUAUUUA